AUGAGUCAAGGAGCUCUUGGGGCUCCUCGCAUCUUCACCUCGCUCGGAGAGUUUAUUGGCUCCAUCGGGGUUGAAGGAGGCCAAGGGACGAGUGACGCUAUCUUCGGGUCUUAUGAUGACCAUGAGCAGUACGGUCUGCUCGGACCGCAGGACUACGGCCCUGGCAACGGAGGAUUCGUCAGCGAGACCAUGGGCGACCUUUGGAACCCGUAAGCAAGCUAGCGCCAGAUGUCAGUCAUGCAGUUAAGACGUUAGUUGUACAGUACAAGUGACUGAUAG